GUUCGUUUACAUCACCAGAUGACAACAACAAAACAGACAGAGCUACUGAUAGGGCGCUAGCGUAGUUAGCUACACGAGAUAAACAACCAGCGGUUUAGUCUGCCUGUUAGACCAUUUUGGCUGUGAGUUCACAAAUUACAAUUUUAUUUUACAGCAGUAUGGCAGUCUGUGCAAUUAGCCAUGGAUUUAAGGUACUAUAGUGUAGUUUAGUUUAGCUAACGUUAGCUAAGUGGCUUGCUAAGAUAGCUCAUGUAUGCCAAGCUACAGCAGGUUAGCUAGCUAGCUGUGUUGCUAGCUUGUUAGCUAGCCAAUUCGCUUAGGCGAGGUGGAGACCAAGAACAGGGAGAUGCGAGCGAAGUGAGGGAGGCCUUGAAUGACUAAAUGAGCAAGACAAACAAAAGCAAAGAACUCUGGGAGAUCCAACAUGAAGUUGUAUGUGUUCCAGGUCAACAAUGGCAGCACACUGACAUUUGACACUGAUCUUGCUGUUCAGACUGUGUUGGAGCUUAAGCAUGCCAUCCAAGCCAAAUAUAAGAUUGCAAUUCAACAUCAAGUCCUUGUUGUCAAUGGAGGGGAAUGUAUGGUUGCAGAAAGGCGAGUCUGCAGCUACAGUGCUGGCACUGAAACCAACCCCAUAUUCCUGUUCAACAAAGAGAUGAUAUUGAGUGAUCGGGAUCCAACGAUCCCCAAAACCACCUUCUCGAUCGAGAGUGAGAUUCAGGUUAAGGUGGAGGAGUCUCUAUUGAUGCCAGCUGUCUUUCACACUGUUGCCUCGCGAACACAACUUGCUCUGGAAAUGUUUGAAGUUGCCAAGAAACUAAGCUCCUUCUGUGAACGUUUGGUUCAUGAUGAACACCUCCAGCAUCAAGGCUGGGCGGCCAUUAUGGCUAAUCUGGAUGACUGCACUCUUUCUUAUCAGAAGUUGCUCAUGAAAUUUGAGACUGCAUACACAAAUUAUCAACAUGAUUUGGAAGAAAUUAAGUUGAAACUAACAAAGCUUGGGACAGCAGUUUCAGUAAUGGCCAGGAUACCUCUGCUGGAGUGUUUGACACGGCAUAGUUACAGAGAGAGUAUAGAGAAGUCCAGCUCAACCCCAGAGAAGGAUUCAGAAGAGACAGAAGAAGAGAAAUCCACUGAUUCUGUGCAAAAGAGGCCCUUGAAGUUAUCAGCAUCCUUCUCUGCUUCGGGGACAGCAACAUGCGAGCUGACUGGAGACCCGGAAACAAAUGAAAUGACUGACAGUGGCGGGCUCAGAGCGGCAUUAUUAGAUGAUGACACUCCAGAGCUGGCCAACCCAUCCUCCUUUAAUGUCACUCUAUUAGACUGGAUCAAUGUGCAAGACAGACCCAAUGAUGUAGAGUCUGUUGUGAGGAAAUGCUUUGACUCUAUCAACAGGCUUGACCCACGGAUCAUUCAACCCUUCCUGGCAGACUGUCGUGACACAAUUGCCAAGCUAGAUAAUCAAAACAUGAAAGCCAUCAAGGGGCUCGAAGACAGGUUGUACGCUCUAGACCAAAUGAUUGCAAGCUGUAAGAAGUUGGUGAAUGAACAGAAAGAACUUGCUCAGGGAUUUUUGGCCAAUCAGAAGCGGGCUGAAAACCUGAAGGACACAUCUGUUCUGCCUGACUUGUGUCUAAGUCACACUAACCAGCUGAUGAUCAUGCUGAACAACCACAGGAAGCUGCUCGACAUUAAAAAGAAGUGCACCACUGCCAAACAAGAACUUGCAAACAACCUUCAAGUCCGACUCAAAUGGUGCUGCUACGUGAUGCUCCAUGCAGACCAGGAUGGGGAGAAGCUUCAGGCUCUGCUCAGGCUUCUGACAGAGCUGAUUGAGCGGGUGAGGGUGGUGGAUGCCCUCAGUACCGUGCCCCAGAUGUACUGCUUGGCGGUGGUGGAGGUCGUCAGGAGAAAAAUGUUCAUGCGUCACUACAGAGAGUGGGCUUAUGCACUCGUGAAGGAUGGAAAACAACUCUAUGAAGCUGAGAAGUUCAAAAGGGAAACAUUUGGGAAACUCUUCAGGAAGUCUUUUCUCAGAAAUCGAUUGUUUCGAGGACUUGAUUCAUGGCCUCCAACAUCAUUUUGUACACGGAAGCCCAGAAGGUUCGAUGAUGAACUUCCAGACAUCUCACUUGAUGAUCUGCAGUACUUGAAAUCGUGUUGUCCUGUAGAGGUGCAGCCUUUCCUUAUGGUGCCCACAAUGUGUGACUUUGAGCCCUUAAAUCAUCACAUAGAGACACUUCACAAGCUGGUCCAAGCUGCACAGAGUGUGGAUGAGAUGUCUCAAACUAUUACUGACCUGCUAAGUGAACAAAGGGCAUCCAUUAGUCAAAGUGCUCAGAGAUCCACAGCAUUAACCCCACAGUCUGAAAGUAUACCUGGGACCACAACACCUGUGUCCUCCAAAACCCCCUCGUCUCUUAGCCUUCAGGGACCCGGCUGUCAGCCCCUACAUGUUCCUGUUCCUGUUCCUGUUCCUGCUCCUUUAGAGGACUUAUCCCCAGACAGCAUUGAUGCACAAACAUUUGACUUUGAAACCAUUGGCCAUCCCAAUAUGGAUCCUGUCUUGCAGCAGGGUUCCCUUGAUCUGGAUUCUCUUGCAGAGAGCCCUGAGUCAGACUUCAUGUCUGCAGUAAAUGAGUUUGUAAUUGAAGAGAACUUGACCUCUCCAAACCCCAUCAGUGACCCAACAAGCCCUGAAAUGAUGGUGGAGUCACUGUAUUCCUCUGUCAUAAAUGCUAUAGACAACAAGCGCAUGCAGGAUACCACAAUACUCGAGAGAGAGAACUCAAGGAUCACUGCUCUUAAACAAGUUAUUGAGAAGUACAGAUCUGCCGCGGAGGAGUCCCAAUCCAAUUUAAGAAGCGUGAAGGAUGACCUGCAUCAUCUGCGAGGUCAGGUAUUUAAAGAACAACAUGACUUUAGCUUUGUCCUGAGAGGUAUGUCUUCAGAAGUGCACAAAGUUUUGGACAACAUUUGCCAGACACAGGAACUGGAGUUGAAGGAACAGCAUAAAAGUGAACUGUUCUCCCUUCGACAAGAGUGUGACAAGCAGGUUCAGACACUAACAGAAGAAAACCAAGUAAACCAGAAUAUUAUCAGAGACGUUCAGCGAGCCAUGUUGGAGCUGGAGGGACGUAUGGAACGCAAAGAGAAGGAGCUCACACAGCUUGAGAAUGAAAAAGAGCGAUGGGUGGAAGCAGAGAGUAGCCACAAUGACAGAAUCAAAAAUUUGGAGCAGAUGAUCACUGAACAAGCAGAAGAGAUUAAGAUACUUGCUGCUUUAAGAGACUCUCUGUCCAGCCAGCUCGAGAAUCUGCACUUUGAGAUUGAACGUGGCCAGCAAAAGAUCCGACAGGAGUUGGAAGUUGUUGAGCAGUCACACUUAAAGGAGCUUGAGGAGAGAAUGAAGCAAGAACACAAAGCCAAAGUGGAGAGCCUUACCAAGAACAACCAGGAGGCUCUGGAGCAAAUAGAGGCAGAAAAUGUGGCCAAAUUAAGCGAGGCAGCUGAUCAACACGCCACUGUUCUUAAAGAAAAGGAUAAUGAAAUCAAGGACAUGGAAGCUCGCAUUACUGAGCUCGCUGAACUCCGUUGCAAACUAGAGGUUGAGCUAGCCCUCAAAGAGUCAGAGACAGAAGAGGUGAAGCUGUUAUUCGAGGAGGCUAAGACACAGCAAACGGAUGCUGUGAAGGCCCAGGUGGAGGCAGAGACCAAGGUCCUUGGUGAAGAGCUGGUCAGUCUCAAAAGACAGCUUCAGGUGAAAAAUGAGGAGUAUGAAGUGGACCUAGCAGAGCUCAGGACUCUAAUGCGGAUUGAAAAGGAUCACUGCAUCUCAGAGCUGGUGGACAGGCACGAGGAGGAGACAAUUUUGUUACGCAGUGAACUCUCCUCACUACAGCAGAAGGCUCAGGACGCCGAGAGGAACCACACUGAGCAGCAAGAAAAGCUUCAGCAGGAAUUAGACCAGCAAGUGGCUGCUCUAAGAGAAGAAAAUCAAACCCACUUGAUGAGUUUUCAAGAACUGGAGCAAGAGUUGAGGACUGUUAUCAGCAAUUUACAGGCAGAAAAUGACCUGCUCUCAAAAAAAGUAGAGCAGGACAGACAAGCAGUUGAGAAAGAGGAGGCCUUUAAGGUUGCAUCACCAGACGCCUUGAAAGAGUUAGAACAGCAGAAGGAGGAGAUGGAGAAGAGAUUAUUAGACCAAAUUAGAAAUCUUCAGACUGAGCUCAAUGAAAGACAGUCUGCAAAAAGUGACGAAGGCUCAUCGCUCCAUGCUGAGGAGUGUGCAGAUGCCGGAGCGCCUCUGUCGUUAGAUUCAGCCCUACAGGAGCGGCUGCAGCAGGAGAGGGCCUCCUUACAGAGUCAGAUGGAGCUUCUGGAGAAGAAGAAGAAUGAGGAGAUACAGAACCUCAAGACAUCACUAAUCGCAGAGCAGCAGACCAAUUUCAACACCGUCCUAACCCGAGAGAAGCUAAAGAAGGAGCAGAUCAUCAAUGAGCUCACAGAGAAAUUGCGAAAAGUAACCCAACAGCAGGAGAAAGACAAAGCUCUGAUCGAGACACUCUCUGAGGACCGGGCCAGUGUCAUGCAGGAGAAGAAGCACUUGGAAGAAGAGCUGAACCGGCUACGCAGCACCGCACUGGUGUCCUCUGCCUUCUUCAUGCCUAACCCCACUGCUCAGGAGGUGACAGAAGCCGGAGCAGAGGCAGCCAGAGCUCUGCCCAUCGCCGGGGCCUGUUCUUCAGAGCCAACGGCCGACACUGACAGACUGGCAUCGGUGGCAGCCAUUCGAGAAGAUGAACCUGUGGACUCCGCAGUGGAAGCGAGCAUGGUGACAGUCCAUGAUAACGUCCUGAUGUCAGAGGAGAAACAGCGAAUACUCUUACUUGAAAGGACUUUGCAUAUGAAGGAAGAAGAAAACAAGCGUCUCAGUCAAAGACUGAUGUCUCAGAGCAUGUCGUCUGUGUCUUCACGGCAUUCAGACAAAAUCGCCAUCAGAGAUUUCCAGGUAGGCGAUUUGGUCCUAAUCAUCCUGGAUGAAAGACAUGACAACUAUGUGCUGUUCACAGUUGGUCCCACCCUCUACUUCCUCCACUCAGAGUCUCUCACUGCACUGGACCUUAAACCAGCAUCAGGGACCUCAAGACGGCCGUGGGUACUUGGAAAAGUGAUGGAGAAGGAAUAUUGCCAGGCAAAAAAGGCCCAGAACAGGUUCAAGGUUCCUUUAGGAACCAAGUUCUACAGAGUGAAAGCUGUUCCAUGGAACAGAAAAGUAUAAUAGCCAAGUAAUGAGCUAAAUGUAUAUUUAUAUUGCUUAAUUUUUGAACAGACAUUUCACAUCAUAAUUCAUAACUUGAAAAUUGAAAGACCUUAAAAACAGGAAGAAUUAUGAUCAUUAUCAUGUUUAGAUUUUUUUAAAAAUCAAAAUCCCACAUGCUACCACAUUUUUGCUUUCUUUUAAACCCAGAUUUGUUAUUGUGGACCAAAUGCUAUUAACCUUAUUAGGGCGAUGCCCUAUACACUGUGGCAUUGUGCCAUUCGACCUGUGUGUAAAAUUGAACAAAAUUUGGAUGUUAAAUAUUAGUUUUCAUUAUCAGCAUUUGUCCUUUUGUGGAAAAUACUGUGUCAUUAUCAACAUAAUUAAAUAAAAAUAUACAUUUAUUAUAAAUGUUUAUGGAGGAAUGUUCAUGGCAUGCAUAUUGAUAUUUUUUCUUUGAUUUACUUAUCCGGAUAAAUGUUGUAGUUGGAAAUGUAGUUAAUGCUGUUUGUCACAAAGCAGUAUGGCCCUCUGUCAAUACUGAAAUGUAAAUUAAUGCUGACUGAUGGAAACAGUCAUCUUUGCAAUCCUUGAAAUGCACUUUCAAAAACAAUGCUUUUGUUGAUUUUAAAGGGAAGUCAAUUGAGCUGUCAGAACUAAGUAAAUAUAUCAGCACAAACUUCUCACUAUCAUAGAAUAUUGAUAUGUAGAAAAGAAUACUUUGUGACUGUGUUUCAUUAUCGGAUGACAUUGUACAUUACUCAUCAAAUCACACAUGUAACAAUAAAUGACUGUAUUGUAAAAGAUAGAGUUUUGAAACAAUAAAGGAUUGAUCCCACACACA